AUGAGGCGGCAUAAUGAGCCGAGGCAGGGUUUGCGUGCGGCUGGGUUUCCCUCCGCGAAGGUGGGACGGGCGGAAAGGGGGGCCGGCACGCCGCUCCUCUCCAGCAGCGGCAUCUUCUGUGAGCCGGUCACCUCCGUGUACGACAGGGUGCUGGCGCGGGAGGCGCAGCAGCAGCAGCAACAGCAGCAGCAGCAACAGGGGCAGCAAGAGCAGGAACAGCGGCCGGAGGAGACUCGGAAACCGUCGUCGCCAAAGAAUGGGCAGCAGCUGCUGGAGGGGUCGGAUCCCUGGAGGAGGAGAAUGUCAACUCGGCUGGGUGACCCGGUGGUGCCGCUCCAGAUGCUUGAGCGCAUGCAGCUUGUGUUUACAUUGUACGAGUGGCAGCGUCGACGCAAAAGGCGGGCCGUGCCGUCUUUCGAUGACGCCAAUAAAAGCGAGGAGGAAAUGAUGAACAACUUCGCUGCCAUGGUUCGCUGCAGAGAGCAGGAGUUGGAUAUGCGGGGGGUUUGCGGGGAGGGUGGGGCGCCGACGCAUCCGUCGGGCGGUGACGCUGCUUUAGACGGCACGGUUGCGAGGGGGAUUCCGUUCCCUGUGUUUGAGCGGUUCCUUGUGGAGCCCUACUUUGAUGCGCUCUUCCCGCCGCCGCCGCCGCCGGUGGCGCGUUCGCCGCGCGCGGUGGAUUCGCUCAUGGACACGUUGAGUGGGGGCCGAACUCCCUCCCUGGCAACCAAGAGAAACUCGUGGGUUUUUGCCGGUCGCUCACGGACGCAAACGCGGGUUAUGUACCAGCGUCGACGCGCGAGCCACGUGGCGGCGGCGGAGAACCUCUUCACCGUGAUGGACACCGACGCCGACGGCUUCCUCUCCUGGGACGAGUUCAGUAGCUACAUCCUGCAGAGUGGCCAGCGGCUGCUGCUGGCGGGCGAGUACGACAUGGGGGCCGCGCGGAAAAAAGACCAGAGCGCAAAUAACGUCGCAGGUCGGUGCCUGAACUUUACCCCCACGCCUCUGAACGUGAAUCCCUGGCAGCAGCAAUUCCCCCUUGUGCGUCAUCUGUACCACUCAGAGCCCAUCAGUCGGCUUAUCUUCGCCAACCGCGGCCGCCGCUACAUCACGGCGGCGUGGGACGGGCUUGUGAAGGUGUGGCGCCCCGACCCCCGCCUGGCGGACGCCCACGGCAAGCCUUCCAUCGUGCACGAGCGCACAAUAUUUGCGGCGGGGGCUCCCAUCAUCGACAUGGUGCUGGCCCCCGUCUCUCUCGGGGACGCGGAGGUGCUGGCGGUGGUGGCCAUGGACGGAACCGUCACGCUGCUGCGCGUGGGGACGGGCGAGGUGCUCAAAACGUUUAUCGGCCGCUGCUCGCUUCCCCCGGACGCGGGGUCGCACCGGCGGCUCACCUUGUCGACGCGCGCGCGACUGAAGGAGUCCCACGUGAAAAACGUCAUUGACAUGCCGCUCAUGGAAGAAGAUAUCCGGGGCACCGUGGAGGGGAGUGCGGUGGUGCUGCGGCCCGUCUUUAAGGUCCGCGCCUACCGUCGGGAGGCGAUUGAGAUGUUCUUUGCGGAGGUCUCCCGCUACUUCACAGGGCUGGGCGUGGUGGCCCCGACGUACGAGCACCUCGAGCGCUGCCGCCAGGUUAAGACGGACGUGCUGCUCCACUUUGGGGAUAAUCCCGGUACGCCAAGGAAGGAGAAGCUGAAGCCGCAUUUCGCCGCCUUUGCGUCGGCCGAAGAUGAUGCGACGGAAGCGACGAAGGACAACGCGGAGGGUGCGACCGCUCGAGACGACUUCCAGGCGGACACGGGUGUCCCGGAAGAAGCACCUGCUGCUGCUGCUGCUGCUGCUGCGGAAACUGGCGAAGCUUCGGCGAGGGCGUCGGCGCAGGCGCCGGAGGUGCGCGAGGUUCAAUCCCCGUCGACGGCUUUCCGCCCCUCUUCCUCUCCUUACCAGCGCUCCAGCGGGGGUGAUAGUGGGAGCAAUAAGUGCUGGUUUGCCCGGUCCGCGGCGUUUGCGUGGUACGAGCGCACAAGCUCUUCCUCCGUCCUCCCCACUGGCGUCUUCCUCCUGCUUGGCUUCGAGACGGGGGUGCUGCAGUUUUACCAGUUGCGCCCGCAGCUGUUCACCAUCUCAAACCUCUCCAUGACGCGGCUGGAGCUGCCCGCCAUGCAUGAGCCGGUGCUUACCCUCAAACUCCACCGCGGCAGCAUCACAAGCAUCCUGGCGAGCGCGUCCCAUGACCUGCUCAUGACGGCGAGCGACGACGGCACCGUCAUUCUGCGGCACCUAAGUCGAAUUCACGCACCGUUUCUAACGUUGGGUGACGGGGUGCCGGUGCCCGGGAGACCGCUCCCACUGCACCCGAGUGGGCACUCCAAACGUGUUACGUGCAUAUGCUGGAACAGCACACGUGGCCUUAUUGUCACGGGCGGGGCCGACCGCAUUGUUAACUUUUGGACCACCUCCUCGUCACGUCCGCUCUACCGCAUUGACCUGCGUGUUUUUUCCACCAGCUCUGGAAUCAGUGGGGCCCCGGUUGACGUCUCGUUUCUCCAGCCCCCGCGUCACCCACUGCUGUUGCUAAUACUCGACACAAGGCGUACGUUGUACUUCAUCGACACCGUCUCGUACCAGUGCUUGCGCAUCCUGCGGGACGAUGGGCUUACCUCGUUGAGGGCGGGCGAGAUGUUGCGUGCCCGCUACGACGCCGUGGAUGGUCGCCUCAUCCUGGGCGGACGCCACGUGCGGUCUUGGGACAUCCGCCAAAAGGAUGAAUACCCGGACGACUACUGCGGCCAUCGGCGCGCCGUUGUCGGGCUCGUAUACCAGCGCACCUUUGGCUUCUGGGUAAGCGCCGACGACUCGGUUGUGAUUAUUUGGAACGCCAAGGUGGUGGAUUUGUAUGCGGAGCACAGCGACUCUUCGAAGCAGGCCACGGAGGUCGACGGCGACGACGACGCGGCACGAGACCGUCACUCCAUCGAAAAACUGGGGGGGAACGGGACGCGUUGGGCGUUGGGAAGCGGCGUGGUGCGGUCCUGGUCCGUGGAGGGCGGGAUUUGCUGCCUGGCGGUGGAUCAGUCGGAGCUGUCGCACGUGUUUGUCGCGCUCCUGCGGGAGCGGCGCAUCGUGGAGUACAACAGCCUCAGCGGCUCCGUGCUGCGCUCCUUCGGCUUUCCCGGGGACUCGGGGGACAUAUCCUCCCUGGCGUGCGGCGUGUCCACCGGCGGGGCCGCGCUUCUUCGUCCCGUGGCGUUUCUCUGCGGGACGUUUGAGCAGGAGCGGUCGUCGAACGGCACCACCGCCCUCUACGCGCUGGUCUCCGACACCGACGUGCUCGCCGCCGCGGCGCCGAUGAGCCGCGUCCACCGCGUCAUUGUGACCGCGGGCGUCGGGGUGUCGUGCGCCGUCAUUGUGACCGCGCUCGGGCUCGUUGUCGUGGGCCACCGUGGCGGCAUCAGCGCGACGCCGGCGGACGAAGCCACCAGUUGCCCCAUCGCCUGCACGCGGCUCACGGAGGCGCUGCAGCAGCGACGGCCGGAGUCGAAGUUUGGGACCCCGGCCCUCUCGGAGCCGCACCUCACCACCAGCACCACCACCGCCGCCACCACCACGAGGCCGACGACGACAACAACAAUAACGGCGUCGCUCGAGGGGGCGGCAGCUGGCGAGGGGGGCACGCGGCCCGGCAGGGCACACGCAUUCGUGUGUCCUGUUUUUCAGCCCCAGCCGCAGGGGAGCGAGCCAUGUCGUUCCACGCCGCCGCUUGACCUCGUCGCGCUCCUUCCUGGGCCACUGCUGCAGGAUCCCGUGCCACUCACGCGGGAGUACAUGCAGCAGCGAGAGCGGUAUCUCUUCCGUCCCGAGCGACGCUCCACGACGUCCGCGGGAAACUCGGCGAAGACAACGCCAGAGAUUCUCACCAACGCCGAGGAAGAGGAUGCCGAGAAGCGGAACAGUAGGAGUGAUGCAUUGCCGCCGCUACUACUGUUUUCUGACGAGUUCAUCGCCGCCUCUCCGGCGUUUGCCGGAAGCUUUGGUCUGCUGCUGCGUGAACAGCUUGCCGCCCUUGGCUACGUCGGACACGUCACGCCCGUAGCUGAAACCGACUACGCCUUCACUGGCAGCGACGACGGCGUCUUGCAGUUGUGGAAUCUGCGCACCCUGUCGGAGGUGCUGCGCUUCCGUGCCACCUACGCGCUCGACGCAGUAACCGCGGUGGAGGUUGGCGACGACGCCGCCCACCUCGCCGUGGGGGACGCCAAUGGGCACAUCCUGUUGCUUGACCUGCGUGGCAUUGCGUGGGACUCGGCGACCCCGCUGGAGAUGGUGGCGGGCGUUGAGAGUGGCGUGCGUGUGCUCCACCGGUGGCGCGGGCAUCGGCAGAAUGUCACGUCCGUGCAGUUUGUGCGGCGCGAGAGCGGCAUGAUGCGUCGCAGCACUGUUCACUCCUACACAGUGCACCAAGGCGUUCCGGCGCGGACGCCUCUCCGCCAGGCUCCGGAGUCCGAGUUCCCUGCAGCUGACAACAGCAGCACGAGGGAGGAGGGGGCGCCGACCCGCAGCGACGGCAACCGUGCGACACGUUUCCUUUGCACCAGUGGGGAGGACAGCUACGUCUACGCUUGGUGCUGGGAGCCGGGGCCGCGUGGGAGAGGCGCUGUGCAGUGCAUCGGCUGCUUUGGCGGGGGUGUGGAGGCGCCACCCACCCCGCCGCUUGACAAACUCACGGACUCCGCCUGGCAGGUGUUGGAGGUGGUGCGGAAGGCGUACAUUGAGGAGCGUCUGCUGUCGGUCGGCGGGGUCCUCAGCGGGCCCAACGCGGCGGGGGAAAUUCACACCGCGGUGCUUGAAAUUAUGGAAGAAAUGCGAGCCGUGAAGGACGCCGUGGUGUUGCCGCAGCGUGGGGCAGCAACGCUGGGGAAGCAGCCGGCGCUGCCGCCAAGCCGCUUGCGGGCACAGCGGCAGAGUCGCGUGCAGUGCGCCGGCGUCGGUGGAAUUGGGGCUGCCGGCGAGCCCUGCCCCCCCACGUACGUCUUGGCCUUUGAGGAGGGGCUGUACUACGACCGCGACGUGGUGGAGCUGCUCGAGCGCGUCCUCACGGAGCUGCGGGCGGUGCAUAAGCGGCGACAGUCAAUGAUGCGGGCGUCGAUGCACCGCGCGAGCCUUAUGGGGCCGAAGCGUGGACGCAGAUCCCUUGUGCGCAGCGCCGCGGUCUCUCCGCAGGAGAAAUCCCUCACCGCAGAGGAACUGCCCCGGCCGACGAUUGCCGCGGGCGCACCAGACACCGCACCUCGUGGCGUCGCUGUGGCCGCGGACUCCGCCACGACCCUGCCCGCCCCCACUGCAGCGGCGUCGCGUGCGCCACCGAGCGUGGCCACGGGGACGCCUUCGCUCACGGGCGUCCCUGUGUCUGACGCACAGGCGCCUCUGCGGGAGCUGCCCCCUGCUGCUGACGCGGCGAAGACACACGUCGGCGACGCCUUCACCUUCCCCAGUUCCAGUAGCUCCAACGUGCUGCAGCCCGCCCUGCCACCCAUCCCCGCUUCGCAGGGUUCCCUGGCCAGGGCGCCCACUACUGCCUCGCUGCCGACGAAGCGGCCGGAGUCAUCGUUGACGCCGAUAAACGAGGAGGACUGGGCUCAGUUGCCCCCGAUUACGGUGCACUUUGCCACGCCCUGGCCGCUCCCACGCCUGCGCCGUGCCGGCAGGGCCCCCGCCGAGGCUGGCGCGAGCCGCAACACGGAGGUGGAUGGUCUCCCUUUGAUCUCCGAUAUUAUUGGCGUCAUCAGAAACAAGAGCGACGCCGUGAAGCAACGGCAGUACGGCGUUAAAGUUCUCGUGCGGGAGAAGGCGCGGCGGCGCUCAUUUCACUUUGUGCUUCUGAGCCAGAUGCAGAAGCACCUGGCGGAGCAGGAGGCGAUCGAGGCCAAGGGCGUGAACCCCGAGCAGCUUAGCCUCGCACGGCGAGAGCGGAAAAGGCGGUCCAUCGCGUGGGGAACGGCGCGCAUCAUGCACACACUCAUGGCCUGGCAGUCGCCGCGGUUGUCAAGUGCCUCUUCCCGAACGCUUGGGAGCGCCUCGGACGCUGGUCUGAGUCGGCGUGCCUCGGGCGCGGACUCAGCGAGGGUGGAUCCGGGAAAGCUGCCGUUUUUUAUUCCGCUCUCGCUGGGGACCUCGCAAUCCUUCAUGCCCAGCAGCAGCCUGAAGCUGGACCAAAACAAAAGCGUGGUCGUGCAGCUGAAGAAUGAGAUGGAGGCGAUGGGUGCGACCCUGCGGGCCACGCUGCAUGAGAAGCAAAUACUAAUGGCACAGGAACGCGCAGCAGCCUCUGGAAUCACGACUUCCACGCGGAACAGCCUCAUCAGCAGAUAG